AUCUCGGGGUCAUUAUAUCAAUGUAUUCUCCGUUUAAUAGAACCCCCGAUUUCGUCGCAUCAUUUGCUAACGUUCUUGAGGUUUUGUGUGAAAUAUUUGGACAUUUUAAACAAAAAAACACCAUGAUAUACCAACUGUACUAGUGCCUAGAUGAUUGCGUAACUCUGGAGCCGUGAUUUGGGUCGAAUGUUGUGAAAUUUGGACGUAAGUUUACCAAAUUUUUCGUCAAGCCGCGGGGUGCGAAGCCGUCAUGUUACGCGCAGCUGCCGUGUAGCUGUAGACGACUCAUGCAUAAAUUGACUCCUCAUAUAUCCUUUUACCUAUUUAUACGAAACAACAAGGGCAAACAAAAAAAAUGGUGUCCGUUUCUUAUACAAAAUCGUUGCUCGAUUUGUGACUGGAUUUGACAGAAUUUAUCCCAAGUUUCCAUCCAUUCACUUCUCCACAGGCCCAGUAUGGAGCCAGCUGAGAGCUCUGCCCCUAAAAGUCCAGUUGGACUGGGGGCAGGUGGUUUCUUCGAUUCUGCACAUCUAUUUGCACAUCCCUUGUUUGCUGCCGCAGCCGCCGCCGCCCACCCGUCUACCAGUCAAGAUCAGUUUUCCAUGACACACAUGCCCAGUGCCUUCUCCAUGUUUGGGGCACACCCAGCCUUCUCCUCCCAUCUUAUGGGGGCAGAGUUUGGAGGACUUGGGUCGCUAAGGGCAACUGCUUCUUCCCUAGGUGCUUCCACUUCAGUCCCGGGAUGGCCAUUUGAGGCCAGUGCUCAGUUGUAUAACCUGGCAAAUUUAGGAGUAGCAGGUAACUCGUGGUGGCAGCAGACUCAAAAUCUGGAUCAUGAUCUCUUCGCAUCCAACCUCGCCAACUCGGCUGCUGCUGCUGCUCCUUCAUUUACCUUCACACCCGAUCCCGUAGGGGCCACGGCGGGUGCCCCAGCUCCCACCAGUCCGGCGUUCAACGCCCUCUUUUCAGACCCUCUCAAGCAACAACGUGGCGCCAAGACCGGAAGAGGAAGAGGUCGUGGAAGGGGAAGAGGGCGUGGGAGAGGGCGUGGCUCCUCCCUCCUGAGCAGGAGCACCAGCAGUACCACCACCUCCACUACCAGUACAACUCCUACCAGGGGUAGGAGAGGUAGACCCAGGAGAGUAGACUAUGCACCCCAAUACCUCUUUGGGGACCCUGCUGCACUCAUGAUGGGGCUCAAUGGCUCACCUGUCUCUGCUAGCACCAGUCUUGCUUCAUCAUCACCACUCUCUCUUCUUGGGACCAAAGAUGCAGUCUCUGUCAUCAAAGAAUCUCCGAGCAUGGUAUUGAAAACACCAACCCUAUCCCUGAACCGGGAGAAAGCCACCCCCUCACCUUCCUCCAAGCACAGCAAUAGUCACAGAGAGAGGAGUGAAGGGGUGGAUGGGAGCAGGCUAGAGGAAGGAGGCCUUACAGACUCUGAUGGGAGCCUUUCAGACCUGGAGGCAGGCAUCCUGAGCUCAGGGAGCCACCUAGACAGUAGCAGUGGUGGAUCAAUCUCAGAUUCAGAGUCAGAGGACAAGGAGAUGGCAGCAAUAAUGGAGACCAAGAAGCAGCUGGAGGCUAAGAAGAAGGAGCUUCUUCAACAGCAAAUAGAGCUUAAAAAACAGCAGCACAAAUCUCAAUUGAAGAAGCACAAGGAUGGAGAUGAAGAAAGUGAUUCUGAAACGUCAGAGGAGCGAGCCCUGAAAGAACAGCAUGUCCGUGAGCAGCAUGUGCACGAGGAGGAACAGCGCCGCCGAGUGUUGGCGCUCACUCAGCAGUUUGAACAGCAGAUCAAAGCACAACAGCAGCAACUACGCCUUCAGAAAAGGGCCAGGGCAGAGCGGCAUGCAGCCUGCCAACGAGAGAAAGAAUUCCGCAGCACCGCCUCACAGGCAGCAGCUGCUGCAGCCGCAAGCGCAGCGGCUAGAAUGGCAGCCCAGAAGGCACAGACCCCUAGGGGCUCGGACCUACUUGACCAACCUCAGGAUCUCAGUGUAAAUAGUUCUCGGAGAUACGAGAGGACUGAAGCUGAACAGACCAAAGAAAGGAAAAAGAGGAAGAAACUUGCAGCUAUCAUCAACAACCUUGCCCAGUCCACCAGCCACUCUUCAUCCUCCAAUCCCAUCUCAGCCUUGGAUGCGGUCUCUACGGCAACCAGGCUAGAUAAUGGGCUAGUAGACAGUGAGCAGGGCUCACUCAGGGGCGAUGGUAGUGAUAGGGGUACACCCUCAUCAUUUAUUAACGGCAUGGAUGAAGCUGAUUUCAGAGGUUCUUCUGUAUCAGCUGCCAGUGAUGAUGACAGAGACUGUAACAGUAGUAAUGUUGAUAGUGAAUCUAUGACAGUUGACUCAGGAAGUAGUACUCCCGUACCCAUCAGAAUGACUCUCAAACGACCUGCUGACAUGGUUCCACUCUUCACUCAAAUGCCAAUUAAGAGGAAACGUCUUCGUGUAACAGACGAGCGUGCAGUGAGAUGGCCCCUAGCUAAUGGUUGGCGUCGGCAGACCAUUAUCAGGCAGCUUGGUCCUGGCGAUAGAAUCAAAGGCGAUGUCAUCUACUAUGCUCCUUGUGGUAAGAAGCUCCGGACUUACCCAGAGGUUGUGAGGUACAUUGAGAGGCGGGGCAUCACAAGCGUUGCUAGGGAACACUUCAGCUACAGUGCAAAGAUGAGAAUUGGAGAGUUCCUCAAUCCCAAGCCUGAUGGAGAUGGGGGUAUUAUCUUUGAGAAGCUGUCUGAGGAUGAGCUGUAUGAUCGAAUGCACUAUGGACAUCGUCGUAGCAAGGCGGCUCGUAUGCAACGCCAAGCCGAAAAGAGGCGCAUCGCUCAGGAACUUGCCAGACGUGCCAGUGAAGCAAAGGAACGAAGACGUCUUGAACAGCAAGAAAUGGCGAGGAGGGUAAAUGAGGCUAAAUUGAGGCGCAAGCUGGAGCGGCAGAACCAACAGGAAGAAAUACGGGAGUCACGGCGCCACCAGGCUCUCCAGUUGGCGGAGGAGAAACGUCGGGACAAGGAACAGCGUCUGUUCAUGAGACAGCAGCAGAAGAUAGCUCGUUUACAACAAAUGAGAUUGGAACGAGAGGUCCGCACCCAACAGCUUAUUGAGGAGCGCAGAAAACGAAAAGAGGUGGAAGCAAAUCAGAAAACCAUGGAUACACUAAGACGUGCUAAGGAGAGAGAAAUAAAGAGACAACAUGCUGUACUUCAAAAACAUCAGGAACGAGAGAGAAGAAAGCAACACAUGCUCCUUGUAAGAGCACUUGAGGCGCGGAAGAAGGCAGAGGAGAAAGAGCGAGAAAAGCAGGCAAAGAAGACAGAGAAGUACAACCGAAGAGAGAGAAGAAUGCAACAAAGGAUAUUAGAGAGAGAUAUGGCCAGAGAAAUUAAGAAACCAGUGGAAGAUAUGAAGCUUGUUCCUGAAGCUCCUGCAUUGCCUGAGCUAGAACGUGUGAAGGGUGUUACUAUCUCUGGAGCUGCCUUUGCUGAUUGUCUCAUGGUCAUUGAGUUUCUACACACCUUUGGCGAUGCACUAGGAUUAGAUGAUGAUGAUGACAUCCCGACCAUGUCUGUACUCCAGGCCAGUCUGCUAAAUGAAGAAGAACAUGUUCCUGUCCUUGUUACCUUGGCGAUGAGACUUGUCAACAGUGCAAUGGAAGACCCAGGCCUACCAGAUGAUGAUAAAACACCAGAUGCAAUGACAGCUGGUGGACAACGUUUAUUAGAGAUUGAUGUAACUCAGGAGAACCUAUCUGAAGUACUCAGCUGCUACCUCAAGGCUAUGAAAGGCCCAACUGAUGAGCUUGCUGUCAAGCUCCAGACAGUGCCAUUCUUGGCCCUUAAUCCCACCCACAAGGCCAGUAUUCUGGGCUACCUGGUCAAUCAGCUGGUCUGUAGUGAUCGAGUAGUAGCCUGUAUUGACAGCAGCAUGGAAAACCUAUCCAAUCUACGAAGGGACAAGUGGGUUGUCGAGGGAAAGAUUCGCAAAUUGAGAAUCCAACAGGAGAAGAAAUUUGGCAAACUCAACGACUCUGUCAAGCGCAAGCGAGGACGCCCUCCAAAGAACCCAGAAGAUCUAGAAGCUGUAGACGAGUACAAGUUUGAAGACGAGAGCAAAGAUGGAGGAGAGAAAGAUCUGGAAGAUGUACCAUCAAAAGAAGAUGGAGAAGAGGAGGAAGAAAAAACAGUGGAAGUUGAAGAAGUAGAGGAAAAAGAGAAAGAGAAGGAUGGAAAACAGAGUCCUACAAAAGAACAGAUGGAGAAGAAAAUUGAGAAACUUUCAAAGCAACAUGGCCAAUUCAGAAACAAGAUAUUUGAAGCAUCACAUUCUCUGCGUGCCAUGUCUUUUGGUAUGGACCGUUACAAGCGUCGCUACUGGGUGCUACCUCACUCUGGUGGGGUGUUAGUUGAAGGAAUGGAGAGUGCCAUACCUGAUGAAUUUGCUGCCCUUUUGAAUUCAAACUGUGAUGAGGCCACAGAGCCUGUUGAUACCAAAGAAAAUAUUAAAAUGGAAACCCAAGACAGUACAGUGCCGACAGAACCUGCAAUAAAACAAGAAGCUGAAGAGCAAAUAAAGCAAGAAAGCGAAAGGACGCUUGAAAAUAAUCCUGAAGUUAAAAUGGAAGUUGGAGAAGGGGAAGCAGAGGAAACAAAGUCACCUGAAGUGAAGUUGGAAAAUGCAGUUGAAGAAGCCUUAGAUUUCAGUGGAAUGAAGGAGAGAGACACUGAGCAGGCUUUGGAUUUAAGCGAUAAGACUGGUGCUAUAAAGAGAGAUGAAAUUUCAAAACAGGCAGAGCAACCAGAGAAAAUGGAUGUCUGUAAUGGAACAACUGCAGAAGAGAGCAGAGAAGACAAAGUUGAAAACAAUUAUGUCAUUGAGAAAGCUGAGAAUCUGUCAAUGUCAAACACCUUCCAUAAUGAUGAUAAGAAUAGGAAUAAAGAUGAGGAGGAUAGUGAAGCAGUUGUCAAAGAGAUCAUUAAUGAUGUUGUAAAUGCUGCUGCUAAUGAAGUUGAUAACUAUGCUGCUGAUGUUGCAAAAAGUGCAAACAGUCAUUCCCAGAUGAAUGGAGAGUGUGAUAAGGACAUUGAAGAGGACGGGAGAUCCAGUACCAAAGGAAAAUCUUUUGAGGAGAACCAAGAUCCUAAACAAGGAUUCAUGAACCUUGAGGGACUGGUCCCUAGGUCGGAAUCUUCGUCUCCGCUGAUUAAACCUUACAAUGGUGGUGAACUCAUCACAGCUGAUCAACUCAGUAAACUCCCAGGAUCCAAACUCAAUGGAGUGUCAGACUCAUCCAACACAUGGUUUAGUAUCUUGCCUCGCCUUCCUUGUGAUGAGAACUCGGUCACCAAGUCAGAAAGCGCUGCCUCUGUGGACUCCACUUCCCAGGUGGAGACACCCACAUCACUGACAACUACUGAUGGCAGCCAGGUCUCUGCUGCUACGGCCGCUGCGUUUCCAGCCGCAUUCGCCUUCAAUCCCUAUAUAUACCACAUGCCAAUCCCUUUGAUGCCUGUGGGUCAGAUGAACUCUUUCCUGGGGACGUACACUGCCUUCCCCCAGAUGGCUGCCAUUCCCAUGCAGCCAAUGGGUCCUACCAUGAACGAAAACGGGACAGAGGAACAAGCUGUGGCCAUAGACCAAUCUCUUAUUCAAAAUCUGGUCAAGCAGGAGAAGUCUGAAGAGACAGAAGAAGAAGAGGAGGAGAACAAGGCCAUUGCACAGAUGAAAGCUGUUCUUGCUAAGAUUGAGGCUGCCAAGGUUGAACCUAUCCCAAAGAAUCUUCAACAUGGUUGGUGGUAUGUGAGUAACCCAGAGAAGAUGGCCGAGAUCACUCGUAACCUCUACCCACGGGGUUUCAGAGAAAGAAGCCUGCAGAAGAGCCUUCAAAAAUACACAGAAUUCUGCAACAAAUCCUGCACUAAAGGACUUCAUAAGACCCUGAAAAUGGCACCUAAUCCCAACAUAAAGGAAGGAGGCUAUGUAGAUCCAGACCCCUCUCAUAGUUGGGAUGAGGAGCUUGCCUUCAACAUUGAGAAGGAAAUGAUCAUUGCUAUUGAAACUAUGGAGGAGAAACUUACCCAAGGAUUCAUGCAAACCAAGGGUUGGGUGAUACCUGAUAGGGCUACAGAGAGUCCUGAGCUGGUUUCAUGUCAAACAGCCAAAGAAGCUGAUAUCGACUUGGUAGACUUUGCCAUCCAGAGGUUACAGUCCUUUGAGAAAGCAGUUGAGAGGAGAUAUCUUAGACCACCUCUUGGGUUUAGGGAUCACACCACCUUUUCUGUGGAUGCAGCAAUAAGUAAAGAGGAAAAGAAAAAGGAGAGGGAAAGGAAAGAGAGAGAGAAGAAGGAGCGAGACAGAAGAGAAAAGCUGAGAGAAGAAGCCCGCAUCAAGCGAGACGAGGAGGAACUUCAGCUUCGUCUUCAACGUCAGGCUGGCAUCAUCCUCAACUUCACAGACGAUUCCAAUACCACUGAGGGUGCCGCUGAUAAAGAUGAUGAAGAGAAGAUAGCUGCAGAAAGGAUGGAGGUUGACGAUGACGACAGGACAAUGGGCAUUGAUGAGACUUCCAUGGAUGUGUCCAAGUCUGCUCAGGAUGAGGACGAGGAGAAAGUGGAGGUUGAUGGAGAGGAAAAGAAGGAGAUGGAGGAAGGAAAGGACAUUGAUAAACAUGUUAAUUUAGAUGAUGAAGAGGGAGAUGGUUUCAUCCGGUCUGAUGUUCCUAGAGGAAUGUCUAGAUGGAGGAGAUGUGUUGCUGAUUGUUCCUCUGCAGCUCAGCUUUACAUCUGUAUCACCAUGCUAGAUAGAUGCAUUGCCUGGGAUAAGUCCAUCAUGAAAGCUUCUUGUAAGGUGUGUCGGCGCUCCUGCGAUGAGGCUAAGUUGCUGCUCUGUGACUGGUGCGACAGAGGCUACCAUAUGUAUUGCCUCAAACCCAAAUUAUCUGAAGUGCCCGAGGGAGACUGGUAUUGCGACAAUUGCACCCAAAAGCAAGCCAAAAAGAAGACACCCAAUGAGAAGAAGAAGAAGAGCAGUAAAUCUAAGAAAUCUGAAUCUGGUCGCAACACACCAGUUAUGGAUGGUGCUAGCAGUCCAGCAUCAGCCUCGAGGGAUGAAACAGACAAAUCAGAAAAGAAAUCAGAGAGGAAAUCUGAGAAGAAGUCAGAGAAGAAGUCGGAUAAGAAAUCUUCCAAGAAGAUGUCUUCAGUUCCAAAAGAACUCCAACCUUGCAAGCAAAUCCUGUCUGAGAUUGAGAAAGAGCACUGUUCAUGGCCUUUCAUGGCUCCUGUCAAUACGAAACAGAUUCCUCAAUACCGCAAGAUCAUCAAACAACCUAUGGACUUCAGCACUAUGAAGAACAAACUCAAGGAGAAGAAAUACAAGACACUUGAUGACUUUGCAGUGGAUGCACGCCUGAUUUUUGAUAACUGUGAAACCUUUAACGAGGAUGAAUCUGAAGUUGGCCGAGCUGGGCAUGCGAUGCGUUCUUUCUUUGAGACAAGAUGGAUGGAACUCACCGAAAUGUCAUAAUACUUCUCAUUCAAGCAAUCAACAAUUAAUAUUAAUUGCAAUGUCCUCCACAUACAAAACAAAGUUCUUAAAUUAUUGUAUUUCUGAAGAGUUAGUUUGAAGAAAAGUUAUUUUGGAAUAAUCUAUGCUUGAUAAAUAAGAUGUUCAUGUAUUCAAUGUUUGUUCUUUUUUGUGACCGAUGUUUUCAUCAUUAUUGUUAUGGUGUCCACCUGUACAUAGCUAAAUGUAGUGUGUCUGUUAGUCAUUGAGUGAAUUGUUUUUGAUUGGCAGCUGCCCAUGUAAAUUGAUCAGUUUCUGGUAAAUUUUCCUUCACAUCAGCUUCCGCAACUAGAUGAAUGAACUGUAAAUGAAGCCUUGCUGAUUGAUUUCUGAUUCAAGCUCAGUUGGUGGUGUUGAUAUAGAUAUGGAUGCAUGAUGUUGGUUUUAGUCUAGACUGUAGUGAAUGAUAAAUCCUACCUCAUAAACUCUUUUACUCUCAAUCAUAAUUAGCUUUAGAGACAAUCUGUGCAGUCAUCAGACUUUUGACUCGAGUAUUACUUUCCGUCUAUACAGUGGAUGAUCCGUUCACAUCGAAUGACCUUCUAGGCAUCUAUUGCCCUAGCAUCAAAAUCACAGCAUUUACUCAAAUUAUGCAGCUAAUUUUCCAAUUUAUUUAUUUUAGUAAUGUGGAAAGGUGUAUGCAGUUUGAAAACAUAUUACAAAAUGCAGAGUGGGAGAUGAUUAUAAAGAAUGUCAUUGAUUAACCUCACAGACUAGGGCAUUGUGUAUGAGUAUAUUCUGUUUUCAUAAUAGUAAUCAUAAUUUGCAGGAAGCUUGUUUUUAAAUGGUUGUUUGAUACUUAUGUCGACCAAGCAGAUUACACCAAAAGUAAAGUAUUUAUUCAUCUAUUUUUUCUGAAUGUGCUGGUAACCCUAUUAGAUAAAUUUAAUUUAUUUACAUGAACUCCUUCCAAUGUAUCAAAUGAAUAGUAAUUUUAUUUAUUUAUCAGCUUUAGACUCAAUUGAAUGCUCCUAUGUAGAAGUUUGUCUCCUGAUGAAGUGGUCAUGUUACUGCAGUAUAAUCAUGUGUUGUAUCAACAUAGAUUGAAUUUUCAUUGGUAAAUUCCAAGCAAAAUUUGAUCUGAUCAUCUUAUAGUUUCACAGCAGCUUCUUCCUUUACUGUUUGCAAAUGUUUUGAUAUCUUUAUAUGCUUUGCCACCAUCCUUUUUGGAUACACAAUUUCCCAAUCUCCUCCUCCCAUUCCAUAAAACCCUGUAGGAUUGUUUUAUACCAUUUUUGCUCAGUGUUCUACAUCCUAAGAUAAUCUAUUUAAAAAAAAUUUUUUAAUGCAUCCAAUAUCGAUAAAAUCACUUAUACCUUGAGAAUUUCCAAUGUUUAGUUUUAAUUCUAUGGAAUUCCUUUGAAAAUGCAAUAUGUAAACAAAUUAGGUCUAGGAAAAAAGGGGGCAAUACCAUGUGAUAAGCUUGCCAGAGGGAUGUGGUGAGAAGGCUUCAAUUUAAUUUUUGGUAGGAGAGGGGUGAUUUUGGAUGUGAACUUCUAGCUCCCAAAAUCUUCCCCUUUUUGCGUGGUAUUUCUUUAUCAAAUGGGAUGCAGGACUCAGUUUAAGACGUAAUAUGUAUAAAUCCAAUUUUGGGUAUAAAGAUCUACUCAAUUUCUUUUUACUUGUUGAAAACUCCAUUAUCGUAAAUGAAAGGCUUUCUGAAUUUGCUUGCACCGUAAUGGAAUAUAAAUGAUAGAGACAAAAGUGAUGUUGAAUCCAUCGGAUGCAAACUCACGUAAGCCUUACAGUCCAUUUGAGAAAGAUUCCAAACUUAGCUAUCAUCUUUGGUGGCCUUUCAUCAACUUUGUAUGUAGUCUUUCAUGAUUUCCAUCUCACCUUUUCAAAGAAUACAUGGAGGAAAAAGAGAGUGAUAAUUUAAUGUUGUGUUUGUAAUUUUGUAGCUUCCUUUUUCAUCUCUCUCUUCCUGACAAAGCAAAAGGAAGAUGAAUAUUCUAUAAAGACUUUUAUUCUCAUAUUAUGAGUCGAUCAGUGAAAUGAGUGAGUACUUUUGCACAUGCUGUGUUAGAUGAAUUAUUUUUUUGUUUUUCGUAUGUGAUGAAAAAGCUUAAACAUUGGACCAAGUAUCAUUAUGUAAUAUGUCAGAUAUUUACAUUGAAUCCAUGAUUGUGUUGUGAGUAAAGUGUAGUGUUUUAUAUCUCCAUUAAGUGCAACAGGUAUUUUUGUUCAAUAAAGUUUGUAAGGGUUUAGAACGUGAUGUGAAUGAGGUUAACAUGUCUUUAGGAUCUACUUUAAAGAAGUUGUAAAUUGGUACUAGCCAGCAGUACACAGUUGUAUGUGUUAUGGAAGUGUAUUUUUAGCCAAGCCUUGUCUAUGGAGAAUGAUAUUUGUGAUAAGUGUGGAUAUUUACUUCCUUGACGAUUAUGUAAACAUGACAGUAGCGAGUCUAAAUCAUGCGUUGCCUAGUAACAGGAAUCAUGGAUGAUUGGUAAAGAUUUUAUACAAGGCAGCAAUUUUCAUAAUUGCAUCACAAAAUGGAUGAUAAAUACUGUAUCUUAACAUGUGACCUGUUUGAAUAUGUUCUUAUCCAUAUGAUAUAUUCUUGAUAUUUAUGUGUCUUGCCCAGGUUAUUUAUGAAAAUCAAUUGUAUAUGUAUUCAAACUGCGGCAAGAUGACAUGCAAUCAAAUGCCAUAUGGAGGCCUCUCUACAAUAAUAAUCUCUGUCAUUCUCAAUCAAAGAAAGGCCUUUGCAUCUACACAAUAGUUUAUUAAUCAUGUGAUUUUGAUGUCUUCAGUAUAUAUAAAUCAUCUUUGUACAGGUUGUUACAUGUUCCUAUAAACAGAAGUAUUUUUCUCCAUCAGUGUUAUCAGUGGAAACAUUGUAUGUAGACUUUCCAAUGUGUUCUGAAUGUACUACUAGACAAUAUGUAUCAUGCAGAUAUUAAAUCUCUCCUGGUCUAUGACAAAUUUAUUAGUUAAUUGCAUCAUCUAAACACUGCUGAAAAACCAUCUUCAAUUUUUAGCCUAACAAACCUACUAUUACAUUCGUGUAAGACAUUUAUCACACUAUUCAAACCCCAGUUUGUGAACUUCACCCCAUGAAUAAUAAUGGAAUGAAAGCCAAUCAUUUUGAACACGGCUACUAUGUAUCUAGGUUGCUGUCUCAUCCCAAAAGGAAGCAACUCUUGUUGUUUUUUUUGUCAAAAGGAAGUAACUCUAUCUUACACAAAAAAACAGUGACAUUUUUUUCCUCAUUUACAAUGAAACUCUUUCCACAGAGUUGUUCCUUUUGUCAUUGGACAGCAGUAUGUAUAUACACCUUAGAUAAUUGAACUUGAUCAAUACAAAGAUCUGUAAUAGUGCUUCUAGGGAAGCAUCCAAUUGCAAACUAAAGUGCCAUCUAACUAGGAUGCCCAGGGGGUGUUUCGCAAAGAGCUGAGUAUGACUUUGUCGCACUUAAAUGCAGAGUUGCGUGCGGUAUAAAAGGCAUGACCGCAUUGUUCAGAUCAUGCCAAGAGGAAGCGGACUACUGCGUAUCAUUCGAUAAGAUUGCAUGUUGCAUAUGAUAUAUUAAGUGCGACUCUAAGUCAUGCUAAUUCUUUGUGAAACACUCCUAGAUAUGUUAAUCAUUUGCUGAAAUCAAAUUUUCUAUACAGCUAUAAUGUUAAGACUCUGCAAUCAUUUAUAAUGAAAGCAGUGUGUCAUAGUUUCCAAGAGGAGAUACAAAAAGGUGACAUAAAGUAAACAAACUCUUUCAAAAAAAGUUUAAAUCACAAGAAGUAAAUUACUACUCUAUGAAAAUGGAUUUGAUGUAGACAGGGUCACCAAAAAUGUGUUUUUCUGUACAUGUACGUCAAUUCCUACAUAGAUGGAUGUGUAAUAAUCUUGAUUAAUGAAUUGUUUGCUUGAUAACACAGAUCCCUAAUGAUAUAGUGAUUUUAUUUAUACAUUAGAUUCAUUCCCUCGCAGCAACUGCUACCAUACUUUACAGCCAAUAAUCCAAAAAUUUAUUCAUUCUUAUUUCAUUCAUACUCCUCAGCACACUCUCCCUCUAGAGACCACUACAAUCAUAAUGGUGUCCUUGAAUAGUUUUUUCCAAAAAAAGUUUACUAUAGAACCCAACACUUCAAUUCUCAUUGAAUGGUUCAUUCUUCAUCUCUCAGCCACUGCUGUUUUUUAUCAUUUCUGUUGCAUACAGAAAUAAAAUAAAUGAAACGGAAUCUUCUUAUGUACACUUCCUUGGAUUAUACUGGACCAUGUAGUUUGUGAAACAGAAAUUUACUAUACCAGUUUUGAUGUUCAAAGAAAAAGUAAUAGAGCCUUGAUUUUAUUUUGUUGUAGCUAUAUUUUGCUUGUGUGAGAAUCGGUGUCAUGUCAUAGGUGCAAGAGCUAUGUUUCAAAUUGCCCAUUAUUUUAUUUUUUCGUCCUUUUUGUUUAUUUUCAAUUGAUGUUGUACAUUAUGAGUAGUAGAUGUGAUUGUCUAGGAAUAGUGAACAGUUUUGUAGCUGGAAGAAAGAAAAAAAAUCAUUUGAUUGAAAAGUGUCUUGUGAGAAAAAAAAUAAAAUGUUAGACUGAG